AUGGAAAAUGAAGCACCUCGCAAACGGCCCAAUCAAUUCGCAGAAGCUAAAUUGAAGGCGAAUAAGAAGCGCGUCAUGCUGGUGAGCUCACCAACACCUUAUCCAGUGCUGGAGAAAAAACGGGAGCAAGAAAAGUGCCUCAGCCCCGACCACCCUAAUCCGACCAGUACGCCACAAGCCACCCAAGCUACUCCCAGCCCCCGACGACAUACCCCUCUCAGAACCACCAUAGAAAUCGGGGUAGACCAAGGCCAGAGUCCGGUGACGGAAAGACCCAGCCUCCCAAACCCCUCCAUCCAUAGCGCUGGAGUGAGGUGCACGAACAAGGUAUGGGAGAAACGCAUUGUGAGUCAAGAACUCAAGGGCAAAGAUGAGAAUAUGCCAACCGUAACAACCAUAGCACGUUAUCCUAAACAAACUACACGUAUCCAUCAAAGGUUGGGAAAAAGAGCUGCAGCCGUCACGUGA